AUGGUCUCUAUUGGGACUCACAGCCUUUACAUGUCUAUCACCGGUGCUGUUCGUCAACCGGGCGACCCAAUCGUGGUGAUUAUUGCUGGCGCCGGGGAUGUGGCCUCGUCCUACGUUGCACUCGAACCACUCGUUUCCUCCUUUUCGCGAAUCCUGAUCUAUGAUCGCUCCGGUCUUGACCCCAGUGCCGUGAGAGCAGCAGAGGAGCUACGUAUGCCUCUACAGGCGGCCGAUAUCAGUCCUCCGCUAUUGCUUAUGGGUCACUCGUAUGGAGGUAUCGUGGCUCGGGAGUUCCUGCACUUGUACGCCGAUGAGGUAGCAGGAAUGGUCCUAUGCGACGCUGCAACAGAGCGAACCCAUGAAUAUUUCCGACUCCAUGAUCCAAACAUUGUCGCGGUAAUGGGUGAUUUGAAAUAUGCAGACGUCACCGGCCUCAGGGCUAAUUCCAAGCUUUCGCGUGAACAGUGGCGCACCCGCGCGAUCGAGAUAUCCAAUUCAGUGGCCGCUACCAGAGCCGAAGCCGCAACUUACGUAGAUGUCUGUGAAACCCUGAAGGCAAAGGAACAGUAUAGAAACAAAGCGCUAGGUAGUAAGCCACUCAGUGUGAUUUGUGCAAACAGCGCACAGGAUUAUGAGCGGAUCUAUGAAAAGGGAGUGGAAGCAGGCAAUGGCACCCAAGAGCAACGACGGGCGUUCCACGAGUUACUGGAUCGGUGGGACACGACCAAUCGCAUGCUUCAGGAAGAGCAACUCCAGCUGUCAUCGAAUGCCCAUUUAAUCCCAAUACCAGACUGUGGCCAUAAUGUUCAUUUAGUCCGGCCAGAUGUUCUUGCAGAUGAAAUUCGCUGGGUGUGGGAGAAAAUCCUGGAGACGUCGGACCAGCCAACAGAAAGCAUUUAA